CACACACCCUCUCCCAGACACACGCACAAACACACACACACACACACACAGUCAAACAGCUGCAAUGUGUAACACAGAAUAAGGCUGAGAAGAGCUGAGGUCUUUGGAGAAGAAGCAGCUGAAUUAGACAUUAAGUAUAUCUGACCUUUGACAACCCUGCUCACCUUCCAACCUACUGAGGGACAACAUAUCAACCUCCAGACUUCGAAGCGACCAGCACCGAAUGGAAGCAGCAACUUUGGCUGAGAUGGGAGACCUGUGUCAUCCUCACUCCUCCACCCCAGACGGAGAGACAGUGUGCGAAGCUCUAUGCCGUCACGAGAACACCCUGAGGGAUGCCAUCAGGGCGAUCCACAUGGACGUCAGCACCUUUAAACUAGGUAUGGAGCGUCGCUUGGAGGACGCGGUCAACCUUAGCGGGACUCUUGGACGAGCUAUGGCUCAGCUACAGCUGGAGAACCGUGAGCUCAGGACUCAACUGCAAGCUCUGACACAACAAGUGGAGCUCCUGGGUGGGACAACGUGUGAACCAAGCAGCAGCAAGAAGCAUCUCAAUGACGUCCAUACCGGCCGUCGGGAGAUCAAGGAGGUGAUCGGUCAGAGUCACACCAGCCUUGUGUCCCCCCCUGCCACCAACACAUAUUCCUCAGGCAGUCCACCAAUCGGGUCAAGAGUUUCCACCCUGGUGUCGGGUCCUGGUUCUAGCAGUAGCCCGUCCACUGCCCGCUUCUCCAGUCGAGCCACAUUUGCUCUGUCCAGCAAAACCAACAGUAUUGAGCGAGAGGAGCCAAUAGAAGUGGAUCAAACCUCGACACAUGUUGGACUGAAAAAUGGACACACUGCGUCAACAGAACAUUCCAUGUUGGUACCUGGAAAGAGUUCUCCACCCAAGGACUUACCACAUGAGCACACAGCCCCGGUCGCCAUACGGAUGGCUCACUUCCCAAUCACUGCUACCACCAAGACAGCAGAGGCCAAGGGCUCUCCCGACUCUCCCAGUAGCCCCAUUGCUUUGCACACUUCUCCGGUCUCAGAAGCCUUCCAUUUUAGCCAAUCAGCUGUCAGCACAAUCCAACCUCAACCAAAAGCAGAGUCUCCAAUUCAACCAGUGUCUUCUGUGAAAACUUGGACCCCGAUCAGAGCUAUUGGAAGCUCACAUCCUCAAGAGAAAGCAGGUUCUGUCCCUGCAAAAACUGUGACUUACACGGGGCAACCUCGUCAUGACAGAGAUGACAGAGAUGGAAGCAAAGACAGAUCCUUUGGGCAGGGGGGAGAAAGGAAGCGAGAGCUGGUGAGGUCACAGACUUUGCCAAGAAACAUUGGCGGUCAGGCACGACAUUCUGUCUUCGAGAGAUUGGACUCCGAAGUCAGUAGCAGUCUCCCCAAACCUGUGGAUUCCAAACCCAAACUGAAGCGAUCUCAGAGUUUUGGAGUUCCCAGUGCCAGCAGCAUUAAACAAAUCCUUCUUGAAUGGUGUCGCUCUAAAACCGUAGGCUACCAGAACAUAGACAUUCAGAACUUCUCAUCUACUUGGAGUGAUGGGAUGGCUUUCUGCGCUCUGGUCCACUCCUUCUUUCCCACCGAGUUUGACUAUGAAUCCUUGUCACCGGCGAACCGCAAGCACAACUUUGAACUGGCUUUUGGAACUGCAGAAGUGAAGGCAAACUGUGACCGGCUUAUUGAAGUGGAUGACAUGAUGAUCAUGGGUCGCAAACCAGAUCCCAUGUGCGUCUUCACCUAUGUCCAGUCCCUCUACAAUCACCUGCGCAAGUUUGAGUGACCACUACUUUUUUCUGCUUUAUAAGAAACUGGACUGCCCUCUUGUGGUGAAUUGGAGAACACUAUUCCUCAUUUUGUAUCACAAACAUCACUUAUUAUAAAAGUAUUAUUAAUGUGUGUGUGCGUGUGCGUGUGCGUGUGCGUGUGUGUGUGUGUAAUCCAAAUAAAAUGAAGUGUCACACAGUGUAAAGUAUAGUGUAAUUUUCCAGCAGUUUCUGUAAUUUUGCAUAUGUUAACUCAUAAGAACCCAAAGCCAUUGGUGCAUGAAGUAAAACAAUCGGGGACACACCACAGACUAAGUGGAAAAAAUUUAUUAUGUGAUUUUUUUUCAUCUAUUAAAUUAAUGUCAAAGAUGUGUGAUGUUA